UGCUACUCUCUGCUACUUGGGCGGAGUGAUAUGCUCACAGCACCUGAGAAGCCCCGUUCUGAAACACAUUGGGAGAACGUCGGCUGGAGUCUCAUCUUGGUUAUCCUUGGUGUGGUUUCAGGAAUGAGACUCUGGUCAUGGUGUAGGGAUCCAGACUACAGCAAACUGUAUAAGAAACUGAAGAUGAAAAAGGAGGAACGUGUGCUGAAACAGAUAGCAAAGGAAGAUUUGAAAGAAGAACUCACACUAAAUUGGGUAGAAGAAAGAUCAGACAUACUAGUCGAAGCAGCAGCCAGCGCAGCAGACAGAGCAGCCAGAAGAGCCACAGAUGCCAGAACAGUCAGAACAGCCGGAGUAGACGCAGCAGCCGAAGGAAGAAACCUAGACGAAGUCAACGCAGCCAGAGCAGACGCAGCAGACACAGCAGCAGCCGGAGCAGCAGUCAGAGUAGCAGCCAGAGGAGACAUAGACCGACAGAUUGCUUUUUUAUCAGAAAACAAGGUGACUAAGUUUUUGGAAAGGCUGAAUCAAGGUCCAUCAGCUGAUCCUCAGGUGGGUCUCAGGCUAUCAGGAGACGAGGAUUUUGCUCUCGCUGUGAAAAUAAUGUCAUGGGCGGGGCCACGUUCCUAUUGGCCAGUCGGGUGAGCACCGUCUUGUCUUGGGAGUCGAACUGAAUCAUUACACUGGCUGAGCAAUGCCAGCCAGGGGUAUCCAGAUACAUUGCGCAACAAGGAACAAUGGCUGCCAGGUCGACCAGAGAGACACAUAAAUGGACGCCGGAGGAAACCCAGCAGCUGAUCCACUUUCUGGCUGAAAACGAGCAGUAAUCAUUUGAAUUCAUUCCUGUUCAUGUACCUGUACAUUGUUGUUGGUUAUGAUACAGGACACUAAUGAAAGAAAUGGGGUUGGAGGGAAAGGUUACUGGCCAACAGGCAUCACACUAUGGUCUGGAAUUUCAGAAAAGCUGCAGUUUUGUUUGUUUGUGGUCUUGUGUGUCUUUUAGUUUUAUACAUUUGAGUGCCUUUUUUAGUGUGACAUGUAAGUUAUUGUUCUAAUAGUUGAUAAUGGUUCUCUACAUUUUUCUAUAAUGUUUUUGCAUGUUAUGUUUAUUUUUUUGGGAAAUAAAGACAUUUU